CAACCCGGAAGUGGUCCCUCUCCGGGCAAGGGACCGCCGGUCUGCCCCGCAGCGGCUCUCGGCAGGGAAAGGAAGCCCUCCUCAGGUCCUGGGGGGCUGCAUCCUGGCCCUGGAGCGGCCUGCUUCGGAGGCGCCAUGGCAGCCGAGGUGAAGGUGACCGGGCAGAACCAGGAACAGUUCCUGCUGCUGGCCAAAUCUGCCCGCGGAGCUGCUCUGGCCAGCCUCAUCCAUCAAGUGCUGGAAGCCCCGGGCAUCUACGUCUUUGGGGAGCUCCUGGAUAUGCCCAGUGUCCGAGAGCUAGCUGACAGUGAAUUCUCCCCCGUCUUCCGCCUGCUAACUGUCUUUGCGUAUGGGACGUAUUCAGAUUAUCUGGCCGAGGCCGGGAAUCUGCCUGCGUUAACCGAGGCUCAGAAGAACAAACUCCGCCAUCUCUCGGUGGUCACGCUGGCUUCCAAGCUCAAGUGCAUCCCUUAUUCGGUCCUGCUGGACCAGCUACAGCUGAAGAACGUGCGGCAGCUGGAGGACCUGGUGAUCGAGGCCGUGUACGCGGACGUCCUGCGCGGGAGCCUGGACCAGCGGAACCAGCGGCUGGAGGUGGAUUACAGCAUUGGGCGGGACAUCCGCAGGGAGGAGCUCAGCGCCAUCACCCGCACCCUUCAGGACUGGUGCCAGGGCUGCGAGGUGGUCCUCUCCAGCAUCGAGGAGCAAGUCAGCCGAGCGAAUCAGCACAAGGAGCAGCAGCUGGGACUGAAGCAGCAGAUCGAGAGCGAGGUUGCAAAUCUGAAGAAGACCAUCAAAGUGACGACGGCGGCAGCCGCAGCCGCCACCUCCCAGGAUCCUGAGCAGCACCUGUCCGAGCUCCGGGAGCCCGCACCGGGCACCAACCAGCGGCAGGCCAGCAAAAAGGCCUCCAAGGGCAAAGGGUGAGGCGGGAUCCCGGCCGACUCCUCGGAGUUCCCUCAGGGCGGCUCCGAGGCAGCGCGAAAAUCUGGUCGAAAUCAAACUAGCUGGACGCUGGCGUGGCCGGGGAGGGCCAGCAGGCGCCCCCCGCAAUGUGUGGGGCUUUCUUCUCCAACCACGAUGUCGUUGUCUGUGUGCCCCUCGUCCCCCCUUUCCGUUUCUUUCCUCCCCUGCCACAUUCUCUCCUUCCCUCGCUCUCUCGCGACCCAUUUCACAGCCCUUCUGUUUCAGACAGCACUUCCCCCCCCCUUCCUUUCCUCGCCUCUCUCACUCUGUCCCCACCCCACCCGGAACCCCAUUCUUUUUUUCGGGGCCCAUUUGAAAGAGCCAUAAAACGACCUCACGUCUCUCAGUCGCGUUUGCAGUGACGGAAUGUUGUGGCCGUCCAGGGGUGGGAAGAAGGAACUGGGCACCGAGGAGC